AUGGGACUGUGUGGCGGAGGAAGUACAGAAUCAACACAACAAGCAAGAGAAAAGGAUAAAAAGAUUGCCGAUGAUUUGAAAAGGACUGUUUUACAACAAAAUAAGGAAAUUAAAUUGUUGUUAUUAGGUUCUGGAGAAUCUGGAAAAAGUACUCUAUUCAAACAACUCAAAAUCAUUCAUCUCAAUGGAUUUAGUGAACACGAAGUAGAAUCCUAUGUACCUCUUGUGCGAGGUAAUGUCAUUACGAACAUGUUAAGAUUGAUUGAAGCAACUUCGAAAUUACAAAUCAAACUUGACAAUGAAGAAAAUACACAAAUUGCAGAGAAAAUCAAAGCAUUGGAUCCAAAUUUAUUUGUAGCUGCUAAGGAAUUUGAUAAUCCAAAUAGUCAGUUAGGACUUGGAAUUAAGAAACUGUGGAACGAUAAAGGAAUUCGAUCGGCCUAUGAACGAAGAAAUGAAUUUCAAUUAUAUGACUGUGCAGAAUUCUUCUUUGAGAAUAUCGAUCGAGUGAGUGCCAUGAAUUAUGAUCCAACCUAUGAAGAUAUUAUUAAAUGUAGAGUGAAGACCACAGGAAUUGUGGAAUGUAGUUAUGAAAUGGAUGGAUUAAAAUUCCGACUCGUGGAUGUCGGAGGUCAGAGAAAUGAACGUAAAAAGUGGAUUCACUGUUUUGAGAGCGUGACGUGUUUACUCUUUGUGGUGGCAUUGUCAGAAUAUGAUCAAACAUGCUACGAAGAUGAUAAAACAAAUAGAAUGCAAGAAUCUCUGAGAAUAUUUGAGGAAAUUGCUAAUAACCAAUACUUUAAACAUACAUCAAUUUUACUAUUUUUCAACAAGAAGGAUUUAUUUUUGAAGAAAUUAGAGAAGAAUCCAAUUUCUGUAUUUUUUCCAGAUUACAAAGGCGAACCACAUAAUUUUGAACAAUCCGUAGAUCACAUUACAAAAUGCUUUUUGAAACUCAUUCGAGAAGGUGACUCAAGUAGAGUCUAUGUGCAUGUGACAUGUGCAACGGACACGGAUAAUGUGAAAACAGUUUUUGAAGAUGUCAAAAACACAAUUCUGAAGGAAGGACUCCACACGAAACAACAUGCAUAA